GGAUCGAUCAAAUAGGAGAUUGGGAAAUUGGCAGCAGCCAGCAAAAGUGCGUGAGAAUGGAUCUAUUAGACAAGGCCAAGACGUUUCUGGCGGAGAAGAUAGCGAAUGUGCCGAAGCCGGAGGCUACCAUCACCGACGUUGAUUUCAACAGCGUGCACCGCGAUUCGGUGGAGUACGAUGCCAAAGUCUCAGUCAAGAACCCCUAUGGUGCUCCGCUCCCCAUCUGCGAGAUCUCUUACUCUCUCAAAAGCUCUUCCAGAGUGAUAGCGUCAGGAACAAUUCCAGAUCCAGGAUCGCUAAAGGCUAGUGACACAACAAUGUUGAACGUGCCAGUGAAGGUGUCACACAGUAUACUGGUGAGCUUGGCAAGAGAUAUUGGUGCAGAUUGGGACAUUGACUAUGAAUUGGAGAUUGGCCUCACUAUUGACCUUCCUGUGGUGGGGAAUUUCACCAUUCCUCUCUCCACCAAGGGCGAGAUCAAGCUCCCCAAACUCUCUGAUCUGAUCUAACAUUAUAUUCAUGCAUAUGUACACAAACUCAAAUAACUAUAAGCUCCUUUAUCACUAAUAAAGUAAUAAUAAGUACUUCUUACUACAAAACUUUGCUGUUGAA